AUGGACCAAAGCGAUUCUAAUAUCAAAAAUAAUUAUCACAAACAACAUCAAUUUCAUUCUCAACAGUUUCAACCAUAUCAAUUACAAAAUCAUUCUUCUGAUCCCUUGGUCCCUUUAGCUUCUUCUACUGAAUUUUGCAACAGUAAUAAAGAACCUUUGACUAAACAUGAUUUGCAACGACUUCAAAAACUCGUCGAUUUAAUGUUUUCGAAUAAAUCUACGGUUACUUCUAAACUUUCUGUUCAAAAAUUUUCCUCCUCAGAAGAUGAUAUUUUGUCUUCUAUUAUUCUCUACCUUCCACUUCUUAUUAAUAAGCCUUUGGAAAUAAAUCAAAUUACAUUUCCAAUAAAUAUUAUGUUUUAUCAUACUUAUCCUAAUCUUUUAGGUGAACUUAUUGAUAAUAAUUUAAAUCAUAAUACAAUGACUCUCCCUUCUAUUAAUGAACCUAUUUCUUCUAAUAUUACUAUUACACCCCUAUGCACUCCAUCUAAAGAGCUAUGUAAACAACUGAUAAACGAUUAUUUUAACAAAUUCAAUGCUAUCAUUCCUAUUAUUAAUCGUAAAAAAUUUAACGAACAAAAUUAUGAUAAUAAGAAAAAUUCAGAGAUGAUAAUGUGUGCAAUUUUAGCUGUUGCUGCAUCAAGAUAUUCUGAUGAUCCUUCACUUCAAAAAACUUCUGAUAAACCUGGUGAUACAAAAUAUAAUAUACCAAGUUUGGAAACUGUUCAAACAUUACUACUUCUGGGACAUGCAGAAGAUAGCAUGACACGCAUUUAUAGUGUAUCAAUGUUUUUUGGCAUGGCAGUUCAAAUGGCUCAUAUUUUACAUCUUGAACGAAAUGAUGAUAAUUUAUCCUCGGAUGAUAAAGAAGAAAGAAGAAGAAUAUUUUACUGUGUUUACUGUGUAGAGAGAUGGAUAUCAUUCAUAUUUGGAAAACCUAUUAUCAUUGAUGAUAUAAAUAUCAAUGUUCCUUUACCUACUUUAACUUCAUUUGGCACUUUGACGAAAAAGUUCUUUAUAGCAUGGAUAAAGCUAUCACGUAUACUUGGUCAAAUUUGGAAUUUUGGUUAUUCUUCUCAGUCCUUGGCUUCUCGUGAAAGUUGGUUCUUUUACGCAACUGACCAAAAAAACUUGUUAAAACAAAUUCGUUUAGAAUUGACAAGAUGGUUAAGAGAAUUACCGGAUGAAUUACGAUGUCAAUAUUUGCCGAAUGCUGAUUCAAGUCGUGCCAAACCAUCUAAUUUUUCCGCUUUUGCUGGAUAUAUCAACAUUCUUUUUCACACAUGUCUACUUCUACUUUAUCAACCUUAUCUAACUCGAACAAGUGGUCCAGCAAUUGAGGUACAAAAACAAGGUCCAGAUGGUCCUGUUCAAAUGUGCCUUACUGCAAUUACCACAAUUACUGAAAUUGUUAGAACAACACUAAAUUAUGAUCAUAAAUCAUUUUGCAACUUUCAAUUUCCUAUUUAUGGAUUAUUACAAUCGAUUGCAUUGGAAUUAGUCAUUAUUAAUGAAGCUAUUAAUGAAUGUGAAAAAAUAAUUAUGAUAACUAAUGGAAGGUUAAAAUAUUUCGAAAAAAUUUUUGGAAAUUCUAAUCAAUCAACAACGUGUGACGAUGAUGAAGAAUGUACGAUGGAUGACAUAAACGAUUACCCUAUGGAUUAUUGA